AUGAAAAGCAUUUCAAGAUUUUCACAUCAACCACCGAGUUAUUUUCAAUCAAGUUUACGAAAGGUGACGAUGACAUCAAACAUCUCGAAUUCGGCGCCAUACCCCAACAUUCAUCCAUAUCAUCACAGCAUCAUGAGACUACCGGGAAUCAAUCACUUAUCGCCAAAUAAUAACAUUACGCAAUUCUACAAUCAAAAGAUCUCGAAAUCUUCAUCAAAUGAAGCGAAAUCUCAGCAAAAUUCAACUACAAACGGAAGUUCAAAUGUUAAGCGAAAGCGAUCGUGGAGUCGAGCAGUGUUCAGUAAUCUUCAGCGAAAAGGUCUCGAACGGCAGUUUGAAUUUCAAAAAUAUAUCACGAAGCCUGACAGGAAGAAAUUAGCUGCAAGAUUGGGAUUGAAAGAUGCUCAGGUUAAAGUGUGGUUUCAGAAUCGUCGUAUGAAAUGGAGACACACAACAAGAGGUACAACAAUUCCCAAUAAAACAAUUAAUUCGAGUGAAAACUCAGAAAUUAAUGAAGAAGAAGAUCAUUUCACAUCAAGUAGUAGCGAUGGUGAAGAUGGUGACAUCGAUGUUGUCACAGAUAAUUGA